AUGGCUGCAGCGCAGGAUUUGAGAGAACAUUUUGGACCAGAACAGUUAAAAUUGUUGGGGAAACUUGGCGUCUUGGACGCUAUCCAAAAGCUGAACUUAGAUCCGCCACAUCAGCCAUUACUUGAUAGCUUUGGUACCGAUGAUACAUCUAGGGAAACAUUAGCCAACGCAAGAGACGUCAUUGCUGAGUGUGAACAUUUGUACAAGCAGUGUUCUACUCUUCUGCGCAAUCUAAGUCCAGUAACCAAAUUCUUUAUGAACCGUCUAAAACCGGGAUUUCUCAAAGAGUUCAAAGGCAAUUACGGGUCUCUGAAGCAACAGAAGUUCCCUAUUCUUGUGGCAGGAGAGCAAUCGUCAGGAAAGAGCUCUUUUCUUAACCUACUCAUCGGCGAAAAUGUACUUCCCGAAGGUUUUCGAAAAACCACCGCGCUAAUUUGUGAAAUCCAUCACAGUCAGGCACGCGAGGCGAACGUGUACCAUAGGAGUGGCGCCCUUGUAGAGCACCUCGACCUUUCUUCGCCCGAUCACGCUGAAGAACAGUGGAGAAAACUCAGGCAGUACAUUAAGGGAGAGGAAACCAGCAGCGACCCAGAAAAUCCUUUUGAAAGGGUGGAAAUUGCUUGGCCGGUUGAUUUCUUUACGGGGAUAGCAUCCGAGACCCCAUCUGACCAAUCUAUAGAAGAACAAGAAGAGAUUAACGCCAGAGACACAGACUCCCCAGACAGCGGCGACUCCGAUGCUUCGUCAAAGGACGAAAACGAUAUGCGGGUGGUCUUCGUAGAUAGUCCCGGUUUUCGAGCGGGAACGGAAGAUGUUUUCUGUAACUUAGAGGCCUACAUGACAAAAUGCUUUGGUUUCGUUUACUUGUUAAAUUUGGCAACGAAUGAUGGCGUUGAGGAUGAAGGGAUUCUGAGACUUUUACGCCUUUCGAGAAGCAAGUUGGAGCAUCCAGAGUACAUUAUGAACCCAAGAUCUGCCUUGUUCCUUUGUAACAAAUGGGACUCUGUGCCGGAGGAAGAACGGGAAAGCAUGUACAGAGAUAUUCUUCAGAAACUGCGGACUGAAUGGCCAGGACUGAAAGAAGAGCAAUUGCUGACUUUGUCACUGAAAGAGAUCAAUGAGUCUCGUCGAAAUGGCAAACACGACGUGGGAUUCGACAAAGUUGUUUCAUCUUUGUGUGGCGUUGUUUCACUUGCUGUGUACUACAAGCUGGAUUACUACUGCAGAUGCCUAAGGGGACUUCUCGAGACUGGGUCGUUCACGUGCAACCAGUUAUCUAACGGGCACUCUCUACAGUCAAAGGAUUACAAAACAUGCACUUCCCAGAUCAUAGAAGAGUUACGUAAAUUGGCAGGGAAAGUAAAUAGGGAGAAAGAACAGCUUGCUCAAUUCCGACGAGUGCAGUGCAGUGGAUUACGAAGUAAACUCGAAGAAAUUCUUUUGAAGAAGACGUCUUACUUCACCACGUGGGAAGAAAGCGAGUGCCCUGACCCCGUCGGGACGGAGAGAGAUUGGCCCACUGUGAAAUCAGAAAUUAGCCGGAAGAUUAAAGCUCGGUUUGAAGAGGUUUUAAAUCCUGACAAAACUGAAGAAGUCAAAGAAUGCAUUGAAUUUUAUCGCGAUCUCAUUCGCGAAAAAACUGUACAUACUACCAACAAUUGUCUUAAAGACCUCCAAAAUAUUGAAAAUAACAUUUUGAAUGAGCAACCGUUUACACCAAAUACCCAGCUCCAAAUGGCCGUCGAAGACCACGAAUCGUUUCAGAAGAAGUUGGAUCUUUUCCGUGAUAUCCUGACCAGCAGUCGCUUCUACACUAGUGUUUCUUCAGCAUUUGGCAUCACCUACGUCGCUUAUUUCUCAACAGAAGAUUUCGAGGGGGAGCGGUACGAAAAGAGUAAAGUGACGUUUAUGGAAACAACAGCCAAGCAAUACAUUGACUUGAUCAAAUCCUCAAGUAACCUUACAAAGUUUUCUGAGUACUAUCUGGAUGCAGGCCAAGCACAAGAAUUUGCUUUCCAGGUUAUCCUUGACGGGAUUGACGCAGAUUUGGGGUUGGCAACCGCGCUGCAUGAUGUCAAAAUCACUGAAAAUAUUGGAUCCAAAUUGAAAAGAGAAGCUCAGGCGGUUAGAAAAUUGCACAAAAAGGUGAAAAUAUUUGAAGCAACCCGUGUCCAUCAGUAUGACUUCGAAGCUGGUGAUAUUGAAAACUGGCCGCAUAUCCUUCGACAAAAGACACUCACCGGCUUCAUAGGCGGACUAAGGAACGUCUAUAAAGCAACGUUGCACAACCGCACCAUAGCUAUAAAGACUAUCAAAACACUGUGCCUCACGGAUAACUCAAUGCGCGAAUAUCCAGAUGAUCUCGACAUUUUUAGGGAAUAUGAUAUGAUGAGAAAAUUGAAAUCUGCCAACAGCCGGCAUUUCAUUGACUUCCUUGGUUGUGCAAAAUAUGUCGAAGGGGACAUUUUCUACCUCAUCCUUGCCAUGGAGCUGUGUGAGGACGGGACACUGCGCCACCAUAUUGAAAGCUCGAGAGAGUUCUUGCCUGGCAACUUAGAAGGAAGUACCGAAUUUAAAGCAGGCGUGCGCUUUGUGGCGAGACUGGCUCUUCAGGCAGCCGAGGGACUGUCCGACCUUCAUGCGAUUGGGAUCACUCAUAGAGAUAUCAAAGCUGAAAAUUAUCUGCUUACAAGCGAUGGGACAGUGAAGCUGUGUGACGUCGGCGAGUCUAAGGCAACCUACCUCGUCGAAACCAAAGGCAUCGGUACCGACCCUUACAGAGCUCCUGAGCUUUGGGAUGAACCAGGCCCUUACAAUUCCAGGUGCGAUAUUUUCAGCUUUGGUCUGCUUUUGUGGGAGCUGUGGCACGGGCAAAGGGUUUUUGGCAAUCUGAGGUCCUCCGACGACAUUCACAGAAAUGUGGUCCGUAAGGGAGUGCGUCCAGACGUCCGAAAGGUGUCAUCUGCGUGUGACGCGUGGGCGAGUGUCAUGACGAAAUGCUGGAGCGAAGACCCUACGUCUCGACCCACUGCUAGAGAAGUGGUGAAAAGUCUGCUUGCUGUUAAAAGAAACUAUAACCAGUGAAAAGUUAAAAUAUAAUUUAAAUUUUGCCAAUAUUAUUCUUACCUUGAUAACACACGCUAUUUUUCACAAACAAGUAGAAAGGACAGAUUAUAUAUGAGCUAUCCGACUUAAGGGAAUGUGCCACUCCCCUUUAAGAACAGUGAUAAGGAUCAGUCAUGCAGGUCGAUAGUUUAAGGGCGCAUUCAGAUUGAGUUGAGCCGUGGACUAAGAGCGCAUUCAGAACAGCAGACUAACAUGUCU